AUGGCGGCUUCCCGCUGCCCGUCUAGCAGGUUCCACCAUGUCCACGGCGCGAACGUCCGCCUGGACCCCUCCUGCACCCAGGCCACCCGCGUGGAGAGCUUUGCCAACGGCCUGUGCUUCAGCCAGGAGCCUCUGGCCCCCGGGCAGAUCUUCCUGGUGGAGAUCGAGGAGAAGGAGCUGGGCUGGUGCGGCCACCUGCGGGUGGGGCUGAUGGCCUGUGACCCCUCCAACCUGGAUGUGGUGCCCGAGUACUCCCUGCCCGAUCUGGUCAACAGGGGCGACAGCUGGGUCUUUGCCAUCACCCGCAACCACAACCGGAUCACUCCAGAUGCCGCUGCGGAGCAGGCCUCGGGCAAAGCACAGGCCUUCCUCUCCGAGCCCUAUUUGCUCAUUGAGCAAGUCAGGAUCCCGCGAGACAAGCUGGUGGGGCGGAGCAGGCCUGGCCGGUACAGUCACAUCCUGGACGACCUGUACAAGAGCAACGUGCUCCCCGCUACGGCCAGGAGGAGCCGCAUUGGAGUGCUCUACACCUUGCAGCCCGAUGGGACGGCCGACAUGCACAUGGUCAUCAACGGGGAAGACAUGGGGCCCAGCGCCAGGGGCCUCCCAGCUUCCCGCCCCCUCUACGCCGUGGUCGACAUCUUUGCUUCCACCAAGAGCGUCCGACUCAUCCAGGUGGAAUACGGCUUUCCCUCACUGCAGACCCUCAGCCGGCUGGCCAUCCAGAAACACGUUGUGCACCGGCUGGCCAUCGACGGCCUCAACCUACCGCCACUCCUGAAGAACUUCUGCAAGUACGAGUGA